AUGAGAAUUUUUGUGGUGCCACCAACUGGAGAUGAUAGGAAUGAAAAUUAUGAUAGGACAGUUGAUGUAACUCCAGUACAUGGGACUAUAGUUGAGGGGAGUAUAAACACUAGUGAAAAGAAUGGUAAUAGAGUAAAACCUAAUGCUGGAGAUGAUAGGAAUGCUAAUGAAGGACAACCUAAUGCUGCAACUGAAGUUUUCAUAGACUUGAGUGAUGACAGUUUUCAAAUUGAGGAUGAACCAAAUGAUGAAAAUGAUGAUGAAGAUGCAACAUAUGCAGCUGAUAAAGAUGAAGACUUCAAUUUUGAUGAUGCAGAUGUAGGUGAUGAUGUUGAAGAUGCAGCUAAAUUGAAUGAAGAUUGUAAUGUUGAGAAUGAACAUGCAUGUGCUGAUGAUGCAUCUGAAUAUGCAGGUCUUAAAGAUGAAAAUGAUGAACUUGACAGACAAACUGAGUAUGAUCCAAGUGAGGAGUUGAUAAGUUUAGCCAAUGAAAGUGAUGAUGAUGAUGGGAAUUGUGUAACUUCUACAAACUUGAACUUUAAUGUGAGGAGGGACUUGAGAAUCAAGAAACUACAAGUUGGACAGAAGUUUGGUUCAGCAGCUGAAUUUAGAGAAGCAGUGAGGGAUAUAGUAAUCAAAAGGAAGUUUGACCUCACUUUUGUAAGGAAUGAUGGAGAUAGAGUGACUAUCAUAUGCAAACAAGAAUGUGGAUGGAAGAUUCGUGGAUCUUCCAACACUAAUGAUGACUCAUUUCAAGUAAGAGAAUUCAAUGAUAAACAUAAUUGUACAGGUGUAAGGGUGAAUGGACAUGUGACAUAUAGCUAUAUUGCUAAGCAUUAUAUUGGGACAGUUAGGGCUGAUCCUGGUUGCACAGUGGCUGGAAUAGCAGAUACAGUUGAGAAAGAUCUUCAUGUUGUUGUGACUAAGCAGAAGGUUAGAAGGGCAAAGAGUUUGGCUAUACAACUUAUCGAGGGUAAUCAUGAACAACAAUUUGGAAGAGCAAGAGAUUAUUGGCAGCUGGUUCUUCAAAGUAAUCUUGGAAGUGUUGCUAAUGGACCCUAUGGGGGCCACAUGUUGGUUGCAGUUGGUAGGGAUGCCAACAAUGGCUUAUUCCCUAUUGCAAUUGCUUGUGUUGAGUCAGAAUGUAGGGACUCUUGGGAAUGGUUCUUGAAUGAAUUGAUGGGAUUGGUUGGUAACUACCUUGACUUCACAUUUAUCUCAGAUAGACAGAAGGGCCUAGUUGAGAUAUUUGAAAACAUGUACCGUGGAGCAGACAUAAGAUUCUGCCUGAAGCACUUAUAUGACAAUUUUAAGCUAAAAUACAAAGGUACAAGACUAAAGAACUUAUAUUGGGAUGCAGCCACCGCAUAUACUACAUCUGAGUUUGAGCUUUACAUGCAAGAAAUGAGGAAUGUAGACAAAAAUGCAUAUGAGUAG